AUGCCCUUUGACGCCGAUGCAUACGACCUCAAAUGCCGCCAAAUGUCCGACGAGAUCAUCAUAGCCCGGCGAUCCCACUAUGUCCGCCAGCUCGCAAGUAGCUCGACCGGCGCAGCGCUCCACACGGCGGCGGGCGCGGUGACAGCGGGCCUCAGCUGGCUCAUGGUCCCCUACGACGCGGCGCGCAUCCGCAACGCCCGGCGGAAACGACGCAUUCUCGAACGGCACGCCGUCGAGAGAGGCCUGGCGGUCGAGACGAGACGCGGCGAUGUGCUGGUCCCUGUGGCGAUGGGGUUGACGUUUGGCGCGGUCGCCAUCGAGGGUGCCGAGAUGUGCGCGGACGUGCUGGUAGGAACCGGCGGCGACGGGUCGUCCGGCGCGGCGGCAACGCAUGGUGUUGUUAAGGGGGUGGCUCAUGUCGGGCUGGAUGCUGGCAUCGCUGCGGCCGAGCAUGCGCACGCCAAGAGAGAAAAGAUGAAAGUUGAAAAAAUGUUGGCGUGGGGAGGUGAGCGAGGUGGUUCGACAAGUGAAGAACCGGAAAAGAAAUAA